CUAAUUCUGAAUGGAAAGAAUGAGGCUUACCGUUUUUAUCCCAACAAAAUUGGUAUUCCUCCACCCCUGCUAAGUAAAACAUUCAACAGAUAUUUAAAUGAGCCGGGUCUGAAGGGGUGCCAACUCACUGGCUUGCUCAGGGUGCCAGGGCUGGCUCUUACCCGGCAACACGUGCACCCCUUGAACCAACUGGGGACCUGAACUGUGAGUGGGUGCGUUUGCGGUCGGGCAUUUGGCCGUACCCCCACAAGUAGUCUUGCUUGGCGUGUCUUGCCUUACAUAGGGGCUGAGUUCUGGUGCCCUAAUGAUGGAUCCUAUGCCCUCUGCAGGACUAAGGAUAGAUCAUAUAUGAGCGGGAGAUGACUAGGACAUGGAAUCAGGAACAGGGGAAUGGUUAAGGGCACCAGGAGGGGACUGCCAGUCACUGGGAGAACUUAAGUGCUCAGUAAACAUAGGGCAACGAGGAAGUUCAGGGACUGAGGUGGGGAAGAGGAGGAGCUGAGAUUGAGUAGAGAAGGUGCCUAGAGGCCAGCAGGCGUCGAAGUCCUCUGGGUCUGACCGGGCAGUCCCAGCUCCAGCCCGUCCCCUGGCCCCUCCCCGCUGCCGGCCAGAGUCACACAUGUGUUUUCCUGUUUUCCAUUUCGGUCCCCGUCACCCUCUGCCUUUUCAGCUCCUCGGAGUCAGCAGCUGCUGCAGCUCCAGCCUUAGCUGGCUUCCCUUCCUAGCACCUUCCCCUCCCCGCCCCUACCCCCUGCUUGCGGGUAGCCCCUCCUCCUCGCACCUGCCCAAAGGUCACGGGACAGAGGGCGAUGCCAAGAAGCUGGUGACGGCUUUCUUCUCCUUCCACCAUGGCUGACGGCAUUAAAUAUGAAGUGGCCUCCCAGCAAGAGGGGGACUCCUCCCCUUUGGGCGAUGAAGCCAGCUCAGGGUCUGAGCAGGUAAAGCUGAAGAAGGAGAUCUCGCUGCUUAAUGGCGUGUGCCUGAUUGUGGGGAACAUGAUCGGCUCGGGCAUCUUUGUCUCCCCCAAGGGCGUGCUCAUGUACAGUGCCUCUUUUGGCCUCUCCCUGGUCAUCUGGGCUGUUGGGGGCCUCUUCUCCGUCUUUGGAGCCCUUUGUUAUGCGGAAUUGGGCACCACCAUUAAGAAAUCUGGAGCCAGCUAUGCCUACAUCCUCGAGGCCUUCGGGGGAUUCCUUGCCUUCAUCCGAUUGUGGACCUCGCUCCUCAUCAUCGAGCCCACCAGCCAGGCCAUUAUUGCCAUCACCUUUGCCAACUACAUGGUGCAGCCCAUCUUCCCGAGCUGCUUUGCCCCCUAUGCGGCUGGGCGCCUGCUGGCUGCUGCCUGUAUCUGUCUCUUAACCUUCAUUAACUGUGCCUAUGUCAAGUGGGGAACACUGGUACAAGAUAUCUUCACCUAUGCUAAAGUCUUGGCAUUGAUCGCCGUCAUCAUUGCAGGCAUUGUUAGACUCGGCCAGGGAGCCUCCACUCACUUUGAGAAUUCUUUUGAGGGUUCAUCAUUUGCAGUGGGGGACAUUGCCCUGGCAUUGUAUUCGGCUCUGUUCUCCUACUCAGGCUGGGACACCCUCAACUAUGUUACUGAAGAGAUCAAGAAUCCCGAGAGGAACCUACCUCUCUCCAUUGGCAUUUCCAUGCCCAUUGUCACCAUCAUCUACAUCUUGACCAAUGUGGCUUAUUACACUGUGCUAGACAUGAGGGACAUCCUCGCCAGUGAUGCUGUUGCUGUGACUUUUGCAGACCAGAUUUUUGGAAUUUUCAAUUGGACAAUUCCAUUGGCGGUUGCAUUAUCCUGCUUUGGUGGCCUCAAUGCCUCCAUUGUUGCUGCUUCUAGGCUUUUCUUUGUGGGCUCAAGAGAAGGCCAUCUCCCGGAUGCCAUCUGCAUGAUUCAUGUUGAGCGGUUCACACCGGUACCUGCUCUGCUCUUCAAUGGUAUCAUGGCACUGAUCUACUUGUGUGUGGAGGACAUCUUUCAGCUCAUUAACUACUACAGCUUCAGCUACUGGUUCUUCGUGGGGCUCUCUAUUGUCGGUCAGCUUUAUCUGCGCUGGAAGGAGCCUAAUCGGCCUCGUCCCCUCAAGCUCAGUCUUUUCUUUCCCAUUGUCUUCUGCCUCUGCACCAUCUUCCUGGUGGCCGUACCGCUUUACAGUGAUACCAUCAACUCCCUCAUCGGCAUUGGCAUUGCCCUCUCGGGCUUGCCCUUUUACUUCCUCAUCAUUAGAGUGCCAGAACACAAGCGGCCUCACUGCCUCCGAAGGAUUGUGGCAUCCACUACAUGGUACCUCCAGGUCCUAUGUAUGUCAGUUGCUGCAGAGAUGGAUUUGGAAGAUGGAAGAGAGAUACCCAAGCAACGAGAUCUCAAGUCUAACUAAACACCAUCUAGAAUUCUAAGAUGCGGAAAGUGGGGCCUCUUGUCUCUUGCUGGCUGGAGCCAAAGAAGAGAAAAGGAAAGUACACUUCUUUGUUGAAGCUGCUCAGACCAGGCUUCUGGACAGGUGCCUCCAAUUUUUGAACUUGCUUUUUGAGAGAUGAAAAGUAAUUUAUUUGUUUUGCUACACACUGUUCCAGAUUUUUUUAAAAAAGACAAUAUAGCAGACUGUGGUGGGGAGCAUGUCAGGUGUGGGCUUGGUUGUACUAGUAGCAUAUUCCCGUGUGUCAAGAUGUUCACUCACUUCUGGGUGUGCCUACCCACUCCUUUCCUUUAAAAGGGCCAAUAAUGCUCCAAACCUCCUGUCUCCUUUAGAGAGAGAGACAUGAAACUGUCACAGGUGCUAGACAAUAAACGUUAUGUUCUAAA